CACCCUUUCAUGAUUCAGACACUGCCACACAGUUCAAAGAGACAAAGAGUGGAGAUUGAUGGUUCAGGAGGAAAAGAGAAAGAAAAAAACGCCAAGACCGAUCGACCGCCGAAAAGGGAAGAGCCUCAUGUCAGGUGCCGGUCUAACCGCAUUGGGUAGCAUGUUGCCGUACCUCCAGUAACCGUUGCCAUGGGUGAAAGCACAAUCUAUAUCCUGUAUUUAUUCCUCCUCCUUUUCGCUGCUCUGGCUCGUCCUUCUCUUCCUUCUCCUUCUUCCUCAUUAUCCUCUUCUCUUUUCUCGGUUUAUAUGCUACUCUGUGCAUUUGAUAUCCAUUGCAGCUGUCUUAGUGCUUGCAUCGAGUAUCUUCACUGAGUUACAUCGUCAUCCUUGUCUCCGUUAUUCAGCGUCCCUAGAAGACUGGAUUCUCCUCGACGACUGGAACCAGCUCUUUUUCUCUUCUUGAUUGUGUUUUGUCUUGCGUAAAUAGAUACCACCAUGGCGACUCCUUCAGUAUCAACUCCCGUCAAGACCCAUCAUGGGAUCUUCUCAACUAAAACCGCCGGUGGCCGCUUGCCCCUCACCCCCUCCCCGCGCACACGGGGCGACAGCGCCGCGUCCAACCCUUCCAGCCCCUUCACCCCACCUUGCCAGGCAGCGGAGGGGACAAAGGAAGAUAAGCGCUCCGUCUACGGUGGAAAUCUCUCCUCGUACUUCACCAAAUCCAUGGCAAAGGCCACCCGCGGCUACCGCGAAUCUCCCAAGUCCAACAUUGCUCGUGUGCGCAAGUCCCCGAAGCACCUGGAGCUGGGUGUUUCGGAAUGGCAAUUGACGGGGACGGGUCCGACUCAGUCCCCCUCCAAGGAGCGACUGCGCAAAGAUACCGCCAGCCGGAAAGAGCCGUCGACCCGCACCACAAGGAGUGGCAAGACGACCGUUCGGAUCUCCCACAACGCGGCAGACAGAUUCAUCCCCAACCGCACGGCAAGCGAGGGACUGGCCACCGCCGGUACCGCUAAGCCUGAAGAAAACCAGCGACCCAAGACCAGCGGCAAUGAGGGAUCUACGGUUCUCGCUAGCGCAGCCAGUGCUUUCGACAUUGGUGGUCGUGGAACCGACGACGACAUCACCGCGGCUCUUGAGAACCUGGGCCUGGAUGAUACUGAAAGCUCGAAAUCAUACACUAAGCCGGCGCCUGAUGCGGUUGCCUACGAGUCUUCGCUGGCUGAUGCUUGCGGAGUGAAUCUGAACACACGCAUCCUCGCUUUCAAGCCUCCUCCGCCAGAGUCGUCCAAGCCCAUCGACCUGCGUGCGCAAUACAAUCGUCCCCUGAAAUCCGUUAAAGCGCAGUCCGCCCAGUUCCGCCGCAGAGUGCAGACGGCUCCCGAGAGGGUUCUGGAUGCGCCGGGUCUCGUCGAUGACUACUAUCUGAAUCUCUUGGAUUGGAGCUCCGGCAACCAGGUCGCCAUCGGCCUGGAGCGGAACGUCUACGUCUGGUCUGCAGAGUCGGGUACCGUCGAUUGCUUGUUGGAGACCUCGCCGGACACCUACGUGACCAGCGUGAAGUGGAGCGGCGACGGCGCGUACGUCGGCGUUGGUCUGGGAACCGGUGAGGUCCAAAUCUGGGACGUUGAGGAGGGUAGCAAGCUUCGCAGCAUGUUCGGACACGACUCCCGGGUCGGUGUCAUGGGCUGGUCGAAGCACACCCUGUCCACUGGUGCACGCAGCGGUCUUGUCUUCAACCACGAUGUCCGCAUUGCGGAGCACAAGGUCGCCGAGCUCGUCUCGCAUACAUCCGAAGUCUGCGGUCUCGAGUGGCGAUCCGACGGCGCCCAGCUGGCCACCGGUGGAAACGACAACCUCGUCAACAUCUGGGAUGCGCGGUCCCUGAGCGCUCCCAAGUUCACCAAGACCAACCACCGUGCGGCCGUCAAGGCCCUCAGCUGGUGCCCGUGGCAGAUGAACCUGCUGGCCACCGGGGGUGGUUCGUACGAUCGUCACAUUCACUUCUGGAACACCACCACCGGCGCCCGGACCAACAGCAUCGACACCGGCUCCCAGGUCACCAGCUUGCGGUGGAGCAACCACUACCGGGAGAUCGUCAGCUCCAGCGGAUUCCCCGACAACUCCUUGAGCAUCUGGAGCUACCCGACUUUGGUGCGCAACGUGGAAAUCCCUGCGCACGAGACCCGUGUCCUUCACAGCAGUCUCAGCCCAGAUGGUCAGCUUCUGGCGACCGCGGCAGCGGAUGAGAGCUUGAAAUUCUGGAAGGUCUUUGAGCGCAAGCCUGGCCAGAGUGCCUCGGCAUCCCGGGAAGGCGGUGUUGGUAGCAAGGCUCAGAUGACCAAGUCCAUGACCAUCCGGUAGUGGGCUGUUCUUUCU